GGGACAGAUGUCUUGGGAUCUUUAACAUUUGGGAUGCUGCGAAUGCCGAAGUUAAAUGGAAUACCUCCGGGGAGGGCGGGCCGGGGGGAGGCUCGGGGGGAGGGACGGCGGCCUGGACACGCGCGCCCUGCGGCUGCGGGGCCCGGCCGGGGCGCGCGGGCGCGGGCGCGCGGCGCUGCGGCUCCGGGGGACAGCUGGGGAACCUCCAGGCCGCCAGCUCGGCCUGGUCCAGGCUGGGAGGGGCACCACGCCUCCUGGCCCCAGAAGCCCACCAUGGAGGCGAAGGACGAGGCCAGCGACACCGACAGUGGCGUCAUCCUGCAGUCUGGACCCGACAGCCCGGUGUCCCCGCUGAAGGAGCUGAAGGAGGCCAAGGAGCUGACCCACGCGGUGCGCAAGCAGCAGCGGGCCCUGGAGGCGCGGCUGGAGGCCUGCCUGCAGGAGCUGCGGGGGCUGUGUCUGCGCGAGGCGGAGCUGACGGGCAUCUUGCCAGCCGAGUACCCCCUCAAGCCAGGGGAAAAGGCCCCCAAAGUCCGCCGCAGGAUUGGAGCCGCCUAUAAGCUGGAUGAGCGGGCCCUGCGCAGAGAGGACCCCCUGAGCGGCCUGGAGCGGGAGCUGGCCCUGCAGCUGCAGAUCGCGGAGGCAGCGCGGCGCCUGAGCCGGGAGGAGAAGCUGAGCCGGCAGGCCCGCCGGCAGCGGAAGCGCGCCCUGCUGCAGGAGGAGGAGAGGCUACGCGCCCUGGAGCGCUGCCUGGGCGAGCAUCGGCGCCACCGCGCCUCCCUCCCCGCCGCCCCGCUGCCCCUGGACCCAGAGCUCUGCGUAUCAGACGACAGCUCCCUCUCGGACGGGCUGCUCCUGGAGGAAGAGGAGGCCCGAGUGCCGAAACCCGCCCCGGCGUCCCCGCCCCAGAGCCUGGAGGGGCUGCAGCCGGCUGGGCCUGAGCCAGGGGGCCUGGACCCGGCCCCCAUCCAGAAUGGCCCCUGGAAGGAGACCAGCCUGGACCAGCCCUACCAGAAGCCGAGGAAGACUAUAGACUCCAGCAGCGAGUCCAGCCCGGCCACCACGCCGCAGGACUGGCCCGCCUCCUGCCACGUCGCCCCUGUCCGCAGUGUCCCCGGCCAGAGGCAGGGCCGGACAAGUGCCCCCGCCACGCCCGACAUGCAGGGGCGGAGGACCCAGUCGCAGUUGCUGAGGAUGGACUCCUUCCGGGCAGGUCCCCGACGCCGCCCCACGCACUACACGGUGACGGUGCCCAGCUCCUGCUGGCCCCCGAGCGGACCCCCACGGCCGCCCCACGCCCCUCACUCCUGCUCCGAGGACAGCGGCUCCGACGGCUCCAGUGUGUCCCACGCCACCUCGCCCGGCAGCAGCAGCCCGGACAUCUACGCCCUGCAGCCGGUGUCCCCGAACAGGGCGCCCAGCUACCACGCAGCCUGGGGCCCGGACGCCCCCCGCCCCUCGCUGCUGCUGCCCCCCCCCGGGCCUUUCCCGGCCGAGCUGUUGGUGCUGGUGCCCGAGGGCUGCCUGCCGCCCGGCGAGGGGAGCCCAGCGGCCCUGGAGGAGGAGCGGCUGGCCCUGCGCCUGCAGCAGCUGCAGCAGCUGCAGCAGCGUGUACGCCCCCGGGGCCGCCUGGCGCGCGCGCCCUCCCUCAAGGACAGCCCCGCCGGCCGCGCGCUCUGCCGGGCGGCCGUGACCCAGGAGCUGCAGUCCUGGCACGAGCGUGCCCGCCUGCGGGGCGCGCGCCCUCACUCGCUGGACCGCCAGGGAGCCUUCCGCCUGCGCAGCCUGCCCCUGGGGCGCUCCCUGGGGCCCCGGACACAGGUGCCCGCCGUGUGUGUGCUCCGCAGAUCGCCUGAGGGGGCACCGGUGCAGGUCUUCGUCCCUGAGAACGGAGAGAUCAUCAGCCAGGUGUAGCCGCGGCCUGGACGCCCCGGGCCCCACGCGCUGCUCCCCGGCGGGGCUGCAACCCCCUCCUGUGCCUUCCGCAGCUCCCCUGUCCCCAUCGCAGGCCGAUGGCCUGGAGCUGAGACUUCCUUUUUUUUUUUUAACAGUUUUUGGUCAGAAGUCCUGGUCUGUGAGUUUAUAUUGUCAUUUGUUCUCAAGAUCGCUGUCACAUGGCGAUGUGCUGCCCCUCAGGGCCUGGCUGACCGGACCCAAGGCCUCCCUUGCCUGUCAGACCGACAGCACGUCUCCUUCCACAACCCGAGUGGCUACACAGAGGGGCAGCCUGGGCUGCAGCGGGUGCCCCCCACGCCGCGCCCUCUGGCUCUGAGUGUCCCUGAGAACAGCCCAGCACCCCUGGUCCUGUUCCCCAGCCCUCUGGGCACGACAGGGGUGCUGGGCUGGGGAGCCCCUUCCCCCCGACACUGUGCUCUGUGAUGCGCACACUGACUGAGGGUGACCAGUCCGUGUCCUGGUGAAGGACUAUCUUCCUGUCCUGCUAAACCCCACGUGGGGUCCCUGUCACUCACUGUCACUCGGGGCCCCAUGGGCUCCCAGCAGCUGCUGGCCUGUCUCUGAGCCUUGGGCAUCAGGAGGCCAGGCUGGGGGCCAGCCUGCGGUGCUGGCUAGAGAACAGCUCACUGUGACCCCCUGCUCAGGGCAUCAAAGUCCCGAAAACCAGCCCUGGGCAAACACUGUGGAGAGGUGGUGUGUUCGAGGGCAGGCAGGGCGGGGUCACGGCCCCUCCCACUUCCCGCCCCACCCGCCUCAGCCCUGAGAAUGGACCUGUGCCACGGGCCGGCCCUUGUUUUCCCCAGCAGUGGGGAGUGCCCACGCUGAAGGGUGUUAAUGACCUGUCCCAGGUGCCAGGACUUGAGUAGGCCUGGGUGACUGGCUGAGACCAUUGGGCGGUCCCCUGCUCUGGGCCUGU